AUGGCGGCGAUCUUGGGCAUCUUGUCUUCCGCUGCCACGACUCCGGCCGUGCGGUCGACCACAACACUAACGCUGCUGCUGACCGCCCUCGCUGGCCCGCGCACGGCUGCGCUCUCGCUCUCGCUGCCCGGAGGGCGGUGGUUUCGGGAGCGCGGUGCGGUGACGCAGACCAGAGUCGCAGUGCUUGGCGGAGGCUUUGCGGGCCUCACUGCCGCCCGCACGCUGGUGGCGAGCCACCCGGGCGUGGAGGUGCUGCUCUGCGAUCAGCGCGAGUUCUUCGAGUACACGCCCGGCAUCCUUCGCGCGUGGGUGGAGCCGAGCGUCCAUCCUCGGCUCGUCAACCCGAUCCGGCGGCUGCUGCGCGGGCGUCGCGCCUCGUUCCGGCGGGUGCCGCCUGGGUGCGCGGUGGCGGUGGAGGAGAGCACCGUCGAGGCCGCGCUGCCCGCGACGAGCGAUGAGCCGACGCGGCCACUUCGCUUCACCAUCGGGCGUGGCGCAAUCUCGCCGCCCGCCGGACUGCGUGGCGCCGAGUCGCCGCUGGUCGACUACCCGUGCGACUACGUCGUCCUCGCUCCCGGCGGAGACCUCUCCCCCAUCACAGACGACCGCGAGGCGGACGGUACCAUCGUCGGGCGGCGCGCGCGGCUCAAGCGACAGGUCGAGGCGGCGCUGAGCAGCGGCGUCGAGCUGGCGGCGGAGCUGGCGGAGAAGCUCGGGCCUGGAGCGGUCACGCUCGCCGUCGGCCCCACUCUCCCGCGGAGGGGAAGCUACCCCGGCGACCCGGCCGCCGGCUCGCUGCCCUGCGACCCGGGCGCCGGCUUGCUGCCUGGAUUCCGCGACAC